AUGCAUUAAGGAAAAUUAGGUAAUCAAAACAUCAAAAAUGGUUACACUAUAUUAAAGUAUAUCGUAGAAGCAAUUAAUGAAUCAACAUUAACCAAAGCCAAAAAAAAAUGUUUAUUAGAAGGCUUAUCAUCUGAAUUUUAUUCUUAUAUUCCUCAUAAUAAUACUAAUAGAUUUUCAAAAUUUAAAUCUUUAGACUCUAAUUAAGAUAUAAAGGAAAAAUUUUAAAUUAAAGUCAAAUAUCUAAAUAAUUAAUCAUAGUUAUUAAAUUAUUUAAAAGUAUUUAGAGAAUACUAAUGA